AUGACGUGGCAGUGUGACUACGUGACGCGCGUUCUGACGGUCAACGUUCCCAGUUUCAUUCCAAAGGCCAACAUCGAGGCCCGGCUCAAGGAGGCUCGUCUCCCGGACGCAAGCCAUCUCGUCCGUGGUUUCGCAAGCGCUGUCAUCGCCCUUGGAGCAUACUACCACCGACAACACGGAUUUGCCGUUAUUGCCAGUUGCAGUACCCAGAAACAGCAGCAGAAGAAGCGUUCCUCUUGCUCACACAACGCCGGUGGCGGACAUCUCGAAGAUGCCCGGGCGUCGUGGCGUCUACAUGCCGCUCUUGCAUUCCGCGGAUGUGCCUCUAUUGCAAGCGAGUGCGAUAUACCAUCUCUUGUCACCGAAAAUGUGGCAAUCGCCGCCAUGCACGUUCGCGAACUGGACUUGGCACAGAUUGAUGCUGUUGAUGACGAGUCUGUGCUCAGUUGGGCUUACUCGUACGUGCUGGACGUCUCUUACGCUCUUCAUCGAGGAGCACCUCCGGUAAGCCAGUCUGCUGUUGAUUCGGACGCCCGUCAUACGCAUUCAUAA